UCUGCUCCCGGGGGAGUACUCUAUCCUACCCCUCCUAUAAGCAGCAAAGCCCAAGUUAGGGUUUGCGACCUGGACUCUCGUCUCCAUCGUGUUGGUGCUUUGAGCUCGCCUCAGGGGAGUACCUCGAAGAGGAGGGGCAGUUUGUUCGUUCCAACAGUCUCUGCAAUCAUGUCGGGUAGAAAGAAGACCAGGGAGCCCAAGGAGGAAAAUGUCACUCUAGGACCAACUGUUCGAGAAGGUGAAUACGUUUUUGGUGUGGCUCACAUAUUUGCCUCAUUCAAUGACACGUUUGUGCAUGUCACAGAUUUGUCUGGGAGAGAAACUCUUGUACGAAUUACCGGUGGCAUGAAGGUAAAAGCUGAUAGGGAUGAGUCUUCCCCUUAUGCGGCUAUGCUUGCUGCACAAGAUGUUGCCCAAAGAUGCAAGGAACUUGGCAUUACUGCUCUUCAUAUCAAGCUCCGAGCUACUGGAGGCAACAAGACAAAGACACCUGGUCCUGGGGCUCAGUCUGCUCUUAGAGCCCUUGCUAGAUCUGGAAUGAGGAUUGGUCGCAUUGAGGAUGUGACUCCUAUUCCCACUGAUAGCACGCGUAGAAAGGGUGGACGACGAGGGAGGAGGCUUUGAGCUUUUCUAGCUUUCUGUCUGGUAUUUGGGCUCAGCACCUCCCUAUAACCGUGAAUUUUCUCUCUUCCUUAUCAUGUGGAUUGUGAUCGAAUGCUUGAUAAACAAUUUUGUUGCCCAGGUUUUUUCCCUCUUAAAUUUUCAUUUGAGCUAUAGUAUUAGAUUAGCUAAACCUAAACUUGGUUUGUUUCUUGUGAGAUGUUCUUUUUGAUAAUAUUGUGAUAAUAUGUUGAAGAUUUAGUUUUGGUCUGAAUUGCACCAAGUUUGUAGAAUGAUAUUUUAAAUGCAGUGGUGUAUUGUAGUUUUUUUUGCA